AUGAUUAUUGUAGUCAAAGCCCCCUUUUUCAACAGAGAGGCGACUAUCGAGGUAAUUCCAAGACAGGACAUUGCAGAGAUACGAAGCCUUAUCUCACAAGAAUUGGGGCCCAUAGAAUUUCCAGAGGACCGUCUUCGUCUUUUUUACGGUGGAAAACAACUAGAAGACCGAAACACGGUACAUGAAUACGACAUAAAAAACAAACAUACCAUUCAAGUGACCUUAAAAGCACUUCCUAUUCAAGAGGCGUUGUCGUUUAUAAGGAUUGAUGAACCUGCCGCAAUUACCACUUCUCAAGAACCCGUUGUCACGAGUUCUUCCACAAGUUUCGUCUCUGAAAUCGACACAAAUACUAGUGAAAAUAUUACAGCAAUUGGGGAAGAAGACUAUUAUUGUGAUGACUGUAGCAACAACAAUAGAAAAAAGUGUAAGGAAUGUGGAUGUCAUCGAUGUGGUAAAAAGAAUGAUGAGGAACGUACAAUUGUUUGUGAUGAGUGUCAGUACAUUUAUCAUUGGUAUUGCUUGGAUCCCGUAAUCACAGAACUUCCAGCAGAUAACUGGUUCUGCGAAUUUUGCGUUCACGAUGACGAAGAAGUCUUAACCGCGGGGAAAAAACUAGACCUAAGCAAAUUAAAAAAAUCAAAAAUGCCUUCUGCAACACAAGAAAAGACUUGGGGACGUGGUAUGGCAUGCGUCGGUCGUGAGAAAGAAUGUACUAUAGUCGGUCCAAAAUUUAGGGGAAAAAUUCCUGGUGUACCAGUUGGUUCUUCAUGGCUUUACCGCAUAAAUUGUUCCGAAUCUGGUAUCCAUCGACCUCCCGUUUCCGGGAUAGCUGGUGGUGCUGCUACCGGUGCUGUAUCUAUUGCCCUUUCUGGUGGUUACCCUGAGGACGAAGACAACGGAGAUACAUUCACUUAUACAGGCGCCGGUGGAAGGGAUUUGAAAACGGGAAAUAAAAGAGUGGCAGAACAAACCUCGGAUCAGAAACUCGAUAAAACUAAUUUGGCGCUUGCGCGGACUUGUGAUGCACCUAUCAGCGAAAAAGGCGCAACGGCUAAAGAUUGGCGAAAAAGUUUGCAAAUUCGAGUUGUACGAGGUGAAAAAUUAAAGAAACAUAAUUCCAAGUAUGCUCCUGAACAAGGGUACCGAUAUGAUGGUAUUUAUAAAUUAGUUAAAUAUUGGAAAGAGAAAGGGCGUUCUGGUUUCUAUGUUUGGCGAUAUCUAAUGAGACGAGAUGAUGACGAGCCUGCACCAUGGACUAAGGAGGGCAAAGCCUUAAUUGAAAAAUUGAGUCUAGAAAUAUACGUUCCCGAGGAAAUCCAGAAGAAAAAAACGAAACGCCAGCGUGAAGAUGACAACGAUCAAGACGAAUCAAAAUCUUCAACAUCGUCGUCGUCGUCGUUCCCACCAAAGCCCAAGAAACUCAAAAAGCGAUACACUCCUUCUAAGGAUCUCAAAACACUAAUCAAAAAGGACAAAAAAAAUACUCGAGUCUGGAAAAUUGUUUUGGAAGCUGAAACUUAUACCGAGUCGGAAUUCAUUGAAGCAAUUCAGCGAGAAUUCUGCUGUGCUAUUUGUCAAGAUCUGGCUCAACAACCUGUUACUACUAAAUGCAAGCAUAACUUUUGUAAAAUAUGUCUAGUACGCGCAAUGAAAUAUAAUAAUCAUACAUGCCCUACUUGCAGACAAGAUAUGCCGGAAAGGGAAGUAGUAAAUAAAGAUCUUGUGAACGCAAUUAAGGUCGUAAUUCCUCAGUAUGAUGAGUCUUCUGAAUUCGAAGAGCCGAAAAAAUCUAACAAGGCUGCCAAG